UUGCCCUCACAAAGAAAUCCCAACCUGGGAUGUAGCCCGUCUUCGCUGACGAGUCCGCCAUUUCCAAGCUCAAAGAAGCUAAAUAAGCUGCAAAGAGAUUUUGUAUCUUUUUUAAUUUUUUGUAAUAUAUAUUUUUAUUUUCAUAGCAACUAGAAAACGGCGUUUUUGCUGAAUCUACCUCACCUGCAGCGGCUAAAAUGGAUGCAGAGACAGAAGACAGUAUGAUAGAAACACAGAUUUCCAAGAAUGAACCUGAAAAACCUGUAUCUGAAAACAAAGGCAGUUUCUUCAGGGGUCGUGGGGCUAGAGGCCGUGGUCGCGGUGGUCGUUUUGUUCGAGGUGGCAUGCGUGGUGGUCGAGGCAUGAUAAAAGGGUUUGGUCCUCCUGGGCACGGCAGGGGUCGAAUGAAGGAUGGCGCCAUGAAUGGACUUGCACCCAUGAGAGGAAUGGGGAGGAUGCGACCAUACCCAGACAUGAGAGGUCAUCGUGGAAGAGGUGGUCCAAUGGGCAUGGGCCCUCCACCACCUCCUCCUCCACCUCCUAUGCACAUGAGAGGUCCCUUCCCUCCCAUGCCCAGGCAUGGACCUCCUCCAGGUCAUCCUGCUUUCAGAGGUCACCCUCCACACCCACGAGGCCGUGGCAUGCCACCCCCUGGGCCUCCUCGCCCCUUCCAUCCCCGAGGCCCAAGAGGCUACCACAAUGGACCGGUCUCUCCUCCGCCUCACCCCCCACCUGGCAGAGGCCAGAGGUGGCCAGGGCCCCCUGGUGGCCGACGCUUUUAACACAGCCUGCCCUAAAAAUAUUAAUCAAGAUCUUUAUGUAGAAGGGGCUUAAAGAGGUGCAGCGAAUGAAAUGCCCCUAAACUAUGUGUUAUACAAAGUUUCUCUGAGUAUCUUUAUGACAUACUCUGUGGCCAAAUGUUUGGAUUUUGAUAUUGUCUUCUGGCAAAGAAAUAGUGUGAAAAUUACAACUGAGGACACACAAAAUGCCUCAUAGCUUAAAAUGAAAAGGCAUUUUUACAUUCUGUUACCUAUGUUGCUAAAGGAAUAUUGUUGGUACUGUAGGAACUAUUUGACAUUUUUGAGUAAAAGUUGUUUCAAUGGGAGGGAAAUUGUUGUCAAAUUCAUUAAAUGUUGUGUGGUUCUUGUGACAGUCACCCUGUAAGCCUUAAGAAACUUUCCUGAUUAUUAUGAUUAAUGACACAUAACAAAUGGGUGACGGUAUAUUUGAAAGGUGGGGGAAAAUGACAGAGUGCACAACAGCCCUCAAGCUCCACAGUUAACUAGUUUAGUAUACCUUGGACCUCCCUAAUCUUUCCUUUUGUUACAUGGAAAUAGUUCUGUAUUCACAAAGCAGUGCUAUAAAUAUUGUUUGACGGAUUCACUUCCACAUUUAUAAAAUGAUAAAAGAAUAUUCCACCUGUCAAGUAUUCAUGAGUAUUUAAUUUUAUAUUUUAUAUCGUUAAUGUGCAGCUAUUUUAAGUUGUGAAUAUUGCUGUUUGGAACGUUCAUGUUUGUCUCCAGCAAUCUAUUGUGUAAUGACAAAAAGGAAGAGGCAUUAUUAAUGAACAUUAUACUGAAAUAUAUUUAGUAGUUUUUAUAAACGAAAGCAAAUUCCAUUAGCAUUUGCUUCACUUAAGGAUAAGAAAUAACUAUUUUACGUUAUUGUGUUUACUUUUUUUGAAGUGUUCUAAAUACUUUAUUCACUGUAAUUAACAUAACUUUUGUGAACCUGUGAAUGUGUUUUAUGAAAACCGUCAAGACAUAUGACAGUGGUAGUGGAGAAAAAAAAUAAAACAAAAAAUAAAUAAA